GUUAUGCAAGGGCUUACUGAUGCCUGGCUUGGUUGGGAGCUGUUGAUAGAUAUAGUAGGUAGGUGUAUUACGGUAUAUAUACCUAUGACGGGCGAUUAUGCGAUUCUGUAAUUAGUAAUCGCCCGUCAAUUCUUCUUGGUCUCAUUGACGAUUUCUUUUGCUUCAACUAUAGUCUAUAGUAGAUAGGCGGGAUCGAAUACGAAGGGGCAAGCUAUAGGCUCGGCACGCAUCCGAACAGGAUGGAGCACGAUCCCGGCCGCCCAGAAGAACUACUAGCUACCUAAAUGGCACAAACGCUGGGAUUGUGGAACAUCCCGGGUGUUACCUAGCCCCAGAAUGACAGGCCCGUUCGGACAUAUAAGAAGCCCGCUCGCCGGCAGUCCAACGACAUCUCAUAACUGUCGUUGUUACACGUUCCCAGCCGGCUGCAAAUCAUCAGUCGCAAAACUGUACCAACGCAAGAGAAGUCCAAUUGAUUUCAGAGUCGAAAUAGUGGGAUAGAUCAAUCAGGACCAAUGGCCGACGCAAUCAAGCCCUUCAAAAUCGCCGUCCCGGACGCCGAUCUAGAGGACCUACGCGAGCGUCUCCGACGCACGCGCUUCCCGGGCGAGCUGGAGGGCGUCGGCAACGAGAUGGGCGCGCCCCUGAAAGACGUGAAACGGCUCGCGACGCACUGGGCCGAGAAAUACGACUGGCGCGCCGCCGAGGCCAAACUCAACGCAUGGCCGCAUUUCACGACGUCGUUGCAAGCAGAUGGAUUCGAGCCGCUAGAUGUGCACUUCAUCCACGUGCGGAGCGCCCGGGAGGACGCCAUCCCGCUGCUCUUCGUGCACGGCUGGCCGGGCUCGUUCCUCGAAGCCACCAAGAUCCUGGGUCCGCUCUCCUCGCCGCCGGACGCAUCGCAGCCCGCGUUCCACGUCGUCGCCCCCUCGCUGCUAGGGUACGGCUUCUCGCAGGCCUCGAAGAAGCCCGGGUUCGGCGCGGACCAGCACGGCGAGGUAUUCCACAAGCUGAUGCUGCGGCUGGGGUACGAGGAGUACGCGACGCAGGGGGGCGAUUGGGGGUGCAUGAUCACGAGGGCGAUGGGACGCCGGUACGCGCCCACGUAUAUCAAGGCGCAGCACUUGAAUCUCGAUCAUUACCCGCAGCCGAGCCUGAUGCGGAACCCGCUUACGUUCUUGCGGACGAUGGUCUCGGCGUUCGUCACGGGGUUCUCGGAGAGGGAUAAGAAGGGCUUCGAGAGAUCGAAGUGGUUUAGGGAUGAGGGCUCGGGAUACCAUCAGGUCCAGGGUACAAGGCCUCAGACCCUCGGGUACGCCCUCACGGACUCACCAGUGGCACUACUCGGCUGGAUCUACGAGAAGCUCGUGGACUGGACCGACUCGUACCCCUGGACCGAAGACGAGGUGUGCACGUGGAUCAGCAUCUACUGGUUUUCCAAAGCCGGACCGCGCGCCGCUCACCAGCUCUACUACGAGGUCAAGCACGCCAAGGCCACCGAUACGACUACGACAUUGGAGCAGUUGGGAGAGUGGCAGGACCUCAAGAUCGGGCUGUCGCACUUCCCCAAGGAUGUCAUCAUCCUGCCGGGCUGGUGGGCGCAUGUCAUGGGCAAUGUCGUUUUCGACAAGAAUCAUGAGAAGGGCGGUCAUUUCGCGGCGUGGGAAUGCCCCGAUGAGCUUGUGGGUGAUCUGCGAGAGAUGUUUACCGGCGGUGCGAAAGGCGCGGUGAAGAUUCCUUGAGCGAAGUAUGGCGUUGCGGUAGGAUGUGAGAAGGCAAACACAUGCCUUUGGAGCACGGGGACUAACGAUUAGCAUUCAGAGAAUGAAUAAUUAUCCGUAAUUUGGCUGAUUCUGGGGGUGUCGGUCAACAUCAUAGUGCCGAGUCACUAGAUAUUGAGAUCAGGGAGGGGAGCGUUCAAUAUGUGUACAAAAUCAGCAAUGCCAAACCUCUAAACAUCAAAAUAUAUACAUGCCCUAGAAGCAAACACAGUGCGUGAGGACACGUCCGCGAUGCCAUGCAUACAGGUUGAAUCAACGCUACAUAGGUACACUGUCGUACCUGAUAGCAACCAAGAGGCUCUAAGUAUAACCACCUUGAAUUCUCAGGUAAAUAUGGG